AUCCUUUCACCGGUCGCGAUUAUUGAUUUUCGACUUUCGAGGUUUCUGGAGCAAGCCCGACGCAGCUGGUCGACGCAGGCGUCGACGCCGACGCAGCAUGGCGGAACCAGCUGCCGUAACACUGGCGCUGGACCAUCGUCCGGAUCCCUUGCGAGUCUUGCGACUGCCACGUAAAGCCCCGCGUGCGUAUCGCGCGAAGGCAAUCGUGGCGAAGAUGUAAGCCGCCCACUUCUCGGGUCGUCGCGUCGCGUCGUUGCGAUUAGUUUAGUCUCGCGACGAGGCCCCCUCCGAGAUGAACGCGAACGCACACGUCGCUAUCACGUGCUUCCUGCUCGUCACACUGAUCGCCCUUACAAGCGGUCAGCUAAUGUCAAAAGAGCAUCGGACCCAUGCGGCUUCUGAAAGAGCCAACGACUUGUGGUGUUAUCGGUGCUUCACUAUGAAUGACGGUGAGAAAUGUAUCAAUCUCACUGGCAAUACUGGCAAUACCAGUACCUACAAUCAUAAAUGCGUGGACGACAAAAGAAUCUGCAUGGUGAAGCGAUUCUCCUACACCACCAGCACCGAGAACUCGACCUCCAGCCCGAAGACGUGGUCCCUCGAGAGAAACUGCACGAACAAAUGCGAGCCCGGGUGCAUCGUGAUCGGCGAGCGCACCAAGCUCUACGCCUGCACCGCCUGUUGCGAGACUAAUCUAUGCAACAACGGUACCGGCACCGCCAACGACCUAACGAUCAAAGAAAUCGACCUCCUGCUGGCCCUCGCGCUCCAAGCGAUAUUGACCGUUAUCAUGUACCCGUCCUGACAGUGUCAAUAAAGCCUCUAAUCACAAUACAUGCCCCUCGACAGCGCCCGACGGCCGUGGCGCUCCGAUUUGCCUCAUAUUUGCCUGUAUCUCCCCGUAUACAUAAAAAUUUAACGCCUCGCCGACGUGACGCGGAAAACUACGCUUAAUAUAUUGUGUGUGUAACGUGGAUUGUAUUUAUUAAUGUGUAAAAUCUCCUUUUUCAAAAAAGUUUAUUUACAUAUUUUAAAAUGUCAAAAUUACAAUGGCUUUUUAAAAGCGUUUUUAUUCAUGGCGUGUUAAAUUUGUUCGCUGCAGGUCAAAAUGCCUGCAGCAUAUCAAUCGCCAUCGGCGGAAUGUUAACGCACUCCCGAGUCUUUUGAGCUGUAAAUCCCGAAAUCGUUUAACUCUUAAUGUAUUAAUUUUUAAUUAAUUGUUUUCUAAUUAAUAAAUUAAUUAUUCUUUUAAUGCGGCUGUAGUUGGUUGUCUAACAAUAAAUCGAAACAAUGUUUAUAGA